AGAAAAUGACUACAUCAAACAUUGCAGCACGAGUGGAAACCUGGCUUUCAUCUGCGUGGCAUAUUAAAGUUCCUUCGACAUGGCUGGAAGCAUGUAUUAAUUGGAUCCAGGAAGAAAAUAAUGGUAGUAACUUAAGUCAAGCUCAGAUUAACAAACAGGUGUUUGAACAAUGGCUUCUGACCGAUCUUAGAGAUUUGGAACACCCAGUUUUGCCUGGUUGCAUCUUGGAUGACCCCAAAGGAGAAUUGUCUGGUUUCUUCUCAAUACAGGUUGAUUCUUUAGUUGAUGUUAGCCAGCCAGCAUAUUCCCAAUUGCAGAAGCUAAGAGGAAAAAGUACUGUUAAUGAAGAAGUAACAGCCAGUACUCAGGCCUUCCAAAAGCCCUGGGAAGCAAAGCCCACUCGAAUGCUGAUGCUGCAACUGACUGAUGGAGUACAUCAAAUUCAGGGCAUGGAAUAUCAACCAGUUCCUGCCCUCCAUAGUAAUCUUCCUCCAGGAACAAAAAUCACUGUCCAGGGUAAAGUUGCAUAUCGUCUUGGAGUUCUUUUACUUAAACCAGAAAAUGUAAGAUUGCUGGGAGGAGAAGUGGAUGGUCUUCUGGAAGAGUAUAGUCAGGAAAGAGUCCUUGCUAGAUUAAUCGGAGAAGCAGAGAAUCCUAAUCCUGUUGGACGAACUGAUCAUGAACGAGUUCUUCCAAGGCCUGUAGAUGAAUUAGGGCAAGCUCUGGGCCCUUCAGAUGAAGAGCUGUUAGCCAGUCUAGAAGAAAACAGUGAAUUUACUUUAAACAAUGAAACACGUUUAGAGAGUGGAUAUUUCAGUAGGAGUAAUAAUUUUAACACAGCUUCAGGUUCACACCAUAGAAAUGUUUUGCAGGAAGAAUUUGGAAGUCCUUUUCCUCAUUCAGAUGAACGGAUUUCACAUCCUGUAGAAUAUGCUGAUGGCUUUUUAAAUGACUUUCCUUUGGAAGAUGACUUGCUUCUGGAAGAAGAGAUCCAAGGAGAAUUGGAAGAAGUGCCACCAGAGGUCAGAAACAUGAGUUUACUAACUGAGAGACUUCCACAUAUUUCUAGGAGCUCCUGUGAUUCACCUUUCAAUGGUACUUAUGAAACAGAUGACAAGAAUGAGAGAGAGAAACAUGUAGAAACUAUUAACAACGAAAAAUCUCAGGGAAGGAGAGUAUCUUCUGGAGAUGAAAAUGGGACAAGUAGUUCUUCACAGUAUAGUAGUGUGCAUCAGAUCAACAGUUGUGCAGAUUUCUCCUUGGACAGCACUCCCAAAGAAAGGCUCGGUAAUACAGAUCUAGCUGAGAACAGACCAAAAUUGGAGGACACUUCUGACAGAAGACUGCUCAACAGUGAGCCGGUGUGUUCCUCAAGAACAGAGGCAGAGACAGUUCAGCAGCAGCAUGAUAUACAAACGCUUACCCACAAAGCAGUAGAGGUGCAUGACCUUGAUUUGUGUUCUCCACCUUUCACGUACAUUUCUGUUCUGCUUGCUAAAAAGCCAGAAACUGUUACAAUUCUGAAAGCCAAGUGUUUUAUUGUAACUCUUACUGGAAAGCUCACAAGUAGCAAUGGGUCCUGGGGUAUAAAGGCAAAAAUUUCUGAUGGUUCAGCUCUUCUAGAAGUAGAUUUUGCUGAUGAUAUUCUGACGAGUUUGAUUGGAUUUUCGGUAGCUGAAAUGAAUGUGUUGAAGAAAGAUCCUGCAUCACAUUCAAAGCUCAAGGAUGGUUUAGAAAAAUGUCAGAGGCAGCUAAUAGAUCUCUGUUGUUUGAUGACUAUAGAGUUCAACCCUUUGCAGUCUAAAGCCACUGUAUUAGUUCUACAGGAUGCUGAUACAAGGCAUCUAGAACAACUGAAGAAACGUUUAUGUAAAUGAUGUGUGAAAACUUGUAGAAUAUGGGU